CUCGACAUGCCAGGCGCAAUUGGACCAGAGCACGAGCUUGCGCCUGCAGAUGUACCCGCUGAACUCGCUCGUGCCGAGUCGCGAAUGCAGUUUCCGCCUUCGUAUGUGAUUGUGGGUGUUUACAGGUUGUUCACGGACAAGACGCUGUACGUGCCAGCAUGGAAGAAGUGCCAGCACGGUGUUGUUAGAGGUCUUCUUGUUGGAGGUGCUUGGGGUUUCAUAACAUUCUCGAUCCAAAGGAAAUUCGUCGAGCUGUUCCUCAUCAAAUCUCCCCGUGUCACCGGCCUCUCGAACGACUCAAUCUUCGGCUACAAAGUCCCCUUCGACCUCACCACCUACGCCACCUUCCUCUUCAUCUCCUCGCAGGUCACCGCCAUCCUCACGUACUUCCUCUCGCGCAACAUCCGGAUCGCGCGCCAGCGCGCAUGGGAGCACACUGUCGCCUCUCGCGGGAAGGGCCCCGACUUCUGGCAGCCGUACGUGGAGGAGUGGGAGAUCCCGCCGAAGGUGAGCGAGGGCGGGUGGGGGAUCUGGGAGAAGAUGCUUGCAAGCUACUUCGGGCGAUUCUUUGUCAGGCGGGUGCUGCUUCUGCCGUUUGAUAUCGUACCCGUCGUCGGAAUAUUCAUAUCCGCCUGGCUCCGAGCUCUCGGUACGGCUAGGUACCUCCACCAACCGUACUUUGAAGCCAAGAAGAUGUCCAAGCACCAGGUAGCCGUAUUCAUUGAAGAGCGGAAAUGGGAGUACCGGACCUUCGGCUUCGUAGCUGCUCUAUUGGAAGGCCUCCCCGUCAUUGGCCUGCUUUUCUCCGUCUCCAACAGAAUCGGCGCAGCCAUGUGGGCUCAUGACCUUGAAAAACGGCAACACUACAUCGCC